UGUGUAGCGUAUACGGGUGGUGUUAGUACGCGCCUGACAGACUUUGUGUUUAUUUUUUAUUUAUUUUAUUUAUUUAUUUGUUUUUUUGUGUAACCACGCCUACACAGUGGCUGCCAAGGCUUACCCAUGAGUUAAACCUUCUUUAGUUAGUAGUGAGGAAGGCAUGGGGCUCUAGCAGUGGACACCAUAAGGCAGCAGUGGGUGAAAACAAACAAAAUAAAGAAAAGUUUGGCUGUGAGAAGGUGCUACACAGCCAGCCAUAGUGACGGGGAGGCAGGAAGAUAGGUCACCACCACCACCAUCACCACAACAGGGAAGUAAGAAGCAACAGCAAUGGGGGACCAGCCUAAGAUCAUGGUCUUCCGGCCCACAUGGGAGGAAUUCAAAGACUUCAACAAGUACAUCACCUACAUUGAGUCCCAGGGCGCUAACAAGGCAGGGCUGGCCAAGAUCAUCCCGCCCCCAGAGUGGCAGCCCCGCAAGAAAGGCUACAACCUGGAUGACCUGGACAUGACAAUCCCUGCUCCCAUCUGCCAGGUGGUGACAGGCAAGCAGGGUCUCUACCAGCAGAUCAACAUUCAGAAAAAGCCAAUGACUGUUAAGGAGUUUUGUGCUCUGGCUAAUAGUGAGAGGUACCGUACACCCAAGCACUCCUCCUACGAAGACCUGGAACGCAAGUACUGGAAGAACAUUACUUACGUCUCCCCAAUCUAUGGUGCUGACGUGUCGGGCAGUAUUACAGACGCUGAUGUUGAGGAGUGGAACAUCAACAAACUUGGGUCAAUCCUGGACUACGUCAAUGAGGACUACGGCAUCAGCAUUGACGGGGUGAACACUGCCUACCUGUACUUUGGCAUGUGGAAGACCACCUUUGCCUGGCACACAGAGGACAUGGACUUGUACAGCAUCAACUACCUGCAUUUUGGAGCACCCAAGACCUGGUACAGCAUCCCCCCAGAGCACGGCAGGAGGCUGGAAAGACUUGCCAACGGUUUCUUCCCUAACUCCUUCAAGGCCUGCCCUGCUUACCUGCGCCACAAGAUGUCCCUCAUAUCCCCACAGAUUCUCAAGCAGUAUUCCAUCCCAUUUGAUAAGAUCACCCAGGAGCCUGGCCACAUCAUGAUCACCUUUCCCUACGGCUAUCAUGCAGGCUUCAACCAGGGUUUCAACUGUGCCGAGUCAACCAACUUUGCCAUGCCGCGCUGGGUGGAGUACGGAAAGCGAGCAACACAGUGCCAGUGCCGCACGGACAUGGUGAAGAUUUCCAUGGACACGUUUGUCAAGCGGUUUCAGCCAGAGCGAUAUGAAUUGUGGCUGGCAGGAAAGGACAUUGGACCGCACCCUGAGGACCCCACCCGCUCCUCAGCAGCAGCCCAGCCCUCUCUGAAUGACGUUCUCUGUAACAAGAAGCAGUGUGUAAGGGGCCUGAGGGAGAUACCCCAAGCCAAUGCUGAACUAGAGGCUGUGGCUGCGGGGCUUGAUGAGAUAUUCACCCUCAACCUGUCUAUGCCGCAUGGCGUGUGUUUACGCCCCCUCUCUGCCAUCCCCUCUGUCUCCCCAGUCCCUGCCUACCAACCCUUCACCCACCAGCAGGAGGAGCCUUUCUCGCCACGCCGCGCCCGCACCUCUCACACCGUGUUCUUCCCCGCUCCUGCCAGGGACCACGGGACUAGGCCCAUGGUGGGCCACCACUGCCCCAUCUGUGGCCUGCUGGUGAGCUGCAGCACUUACAAGAGCCACACCUCCAGGCACAUCAGGAAGAAGGACCUGGUGCAGCAUUACUGCCCUAUCUGUCUAAAGUUCUAUGCUUCCACCAAUAACUUGAUAAAGCACUGCAGGAAGCUACAUAGGGACGUGAACCCUCAGGCCCCGGCCCCACCUCACACAGACAAGGCUCAGCUCCCUCAGCCCUCGCCCUCCAGUGAUUAUGGCUCCCUCAGCCCCAGCUCUCAGUACUCUGACUCCUCUUCCUCACCCUUCCCUUCCAUAGGCAUCCCCUCUCCUUCCGAGCUUCCUUUCAGUAGCCAUUACCAAAGUAGCAGUAGUGAGUGUAGCAGUAACAGUAACCGCGACCUUCCUAGUCUGUCUCUACGCUCCGGCUUACUCCUUCCUCCAGAUGUUAUCCUGACGCAGGUGUGGGACUCCUCUCUCAGCAAAGGCUCGGUCGUACAGCCAGACCAGGCCAGAAUAGACCCGGAAAUAAUCACCCUGGUGGAAGAGUGUCCUCCACUGUCGCUCAACUGGUCCACAGUCGUGGCCUCCAGUGACCCCGAGCUGGGGGCACUGGUGUCCAUCAGGGAAAACCCUGACAACUUCACCCUUGACCUGACGCCACCCCGCAGCAAGACCAUCGACACCUAUGUGGGACUCCUUGGGGAGCAGACCUCUCCCUUCCCCAGUCUGAGGACUUGUCUGCUGGACAGGACACUCUUUGAGGACGUGGAGGGGGACAUUAUUGAACCAUACACCGAGGCCCUGCAGGAACCACACACCCCAGAUCCUGAGGUGAGAGAGGAUGGCACAGGUGGAGCUGCAGUGUGGGAGGUGUCUCCUGAAGCAGGAUGGCCUGAGCCUGAUACUUGCCCCAUUAUGAUCAAAGGUGAGUCAGGUGGCAGUGGUUGUGAAAACCCUCCAGAAGUAAGAAUUGGUGUUAAUUCAGACAGACACUGUGACUCUGAGGUGCAGCACACAAGUGCCUCAGUGCAGCCUGACAAUGAGCGUGAGGCAGGAGUGGUUGCACAUUUGGCUGAGGCACAGCCAUUGGCUGUGGGUGGCUCUGCAUCACUGGCAUGGAGAAGGCAGGGAGAACAUAAGAAAGAAGCUCCUUCCCUCAGCCAGAUAUACCAUAGCUUGCUGCAGGAGAUGGAGUGCAAGGGGCUGCCACAAGGGUCCUGCACUGAGGUACCCCAGGAGGAGGCAUCUGCUGCCGCCACGACUCUGAGGAGCACUGGCCGCUCCUACACCACCCUGGUGACCUUCCCCAGAGAUGAGAGUAAGUGGAAGGAUCACUUUGACCAUGAGUGUGAGGGGCUGCUGUGUGCCCUGUGUGGCAUGCUGUGGAGGAACCUCCAGCUUGAGGAAGGCAGCAGCCAAACUGUGGACAUGGACCUUGAAGUGGGCUGUUCCUCCAACACAGAAAGAGAGGAGGAGGAGGAGGUCAUUGAGGAAGAGGAAGAGGUUAUAGUAAUAUAUGAGCCUCAAAACAGGAAGGGGAGUUGCACCUCCUGCAAAGCACUCAUUAGUACUCCUGCACACUGGCAGCUGCCCCCACCAGGCAUUGCAAGGUGGUGUGGAGCUGCUGCACCCAAGCCUGUGACUCUCCCAAGAUGCAGUUCUGUAAAGCUUGCUCCGACGGGAGCCCCGCAGAGAAGCACGGAGCGUCCGCCACACUGCUCAGUGCUGGAGGAGGAGCCGCAGAUAUGUGUCCCUUCUGCAGGUGAUGGAGGGGCCAGAGAUGGAGACGUGGCACAGCCUCUUCACCGUAAUGAUUUAAUCAAGGUGACUACCAGAGACCGUUCUCUUGAUGCAGAUAGUAAGGUGGGAAUGUUUGGCCAUCACCCUGAGCCUUGUGUGUCUGUGUGUGUGGUGAGUAAGAAGCUGGAGAAGAACAACAUCCCUCCUCCAGCUUUCAAUGAGACAUGGAUGACAGCAGACACAACACAGCCACACCACCCUUACCACAUUCCAGUGAGAGACACCUGUGUGAAGCUGACCACUAGGACCUCAUACCCUCACUACAGGAAGCCACCAGCAGUAUUCACCAAGAUGGCGCCGAGAGGGAUCAUACCCCGAGGAACUGCCACCACUAGGAAAGUUGUGACCAAGUGGAUUCCACAGCACGGCCACAGCCCCUCUGUCAGAAUCAUCAGGGAGGCUAGCAGGAAGACAGGAGGCAACACAGCACAGCCACAGCAGCAGAGGGCAGCCACAGCACAAAGGAAGGCAACAGAGGAUAGUGCUCUUCAACUAGACAAGAGUACAAGAGACAAUCCUAACCACACCAGUACUGUGAAGAUACAAGGAGGUUCUGCUCAUCCUCACCCUAGCCAGUCACUCAGGGUAGUAAAGAGACACACACAGAAGAAACCUGUCUCCUUGGCUAUGAACCGUAAGAGGUCACCAGUAACUAGCUCACAGCACCUCCCUCACCUUCACUCCCUAAAGAGGCACUGUGCAAGUGAACCAAGGCAUUAUGAUGCAACAGAAACCCAUGCUAGAGACCCGUCCUCGUCCUGUAUCCUGGCAUCUGAAAAAGUGGGUGUUCCGAGCAGCUUCACUAUGCUGGCGAUGCCCCCUGUCUCACCCCCAGCCCUGACUAACUGGUUGACUGGUUGAGAAGUGGGUAGGCUCAGAAGUAACACUGUUCUGGUCAUCCAUCCAAGGUUAAUUAGUUUGUCUUAAUUUUACAUAUUUUACAAGUCUUCACGCACAAGUUGCUGGCGGCACAAAUAUCUUCUAGUUGGCUGUGACGUUUCAUUGUCCCGUGCGUCACCGAGUCUCGCGGAUGUGAAUGGAAAUGCACACGCAAUUACUCAGUAUUCUAAGGCUCAGAAUUUAUUUUUAUACCAUAGAGUAUGAUUUCCUUCAAUUUUGUUUCCCUGGACUGCUUCCCUUUCCUUUCUGCAUGUGGGAAUGCCUUACUACUAACCUGCUGCAGGUUUGAACAUGAUGCAAUGCUCUGCUAAUUCCUGUUUCUCUUAGUGAGUUGAUUUCUAAUUACACUGCAAGUUUCCAAAAUUUAUACUGUGCAUCAUCCUGUCUUCACUCUUAAGUCUCUGUGCAUGCUGCAGGACCUGGUGUGUCUUGGUGUGUGAGCAUCACCACACUGCUUGUGGCCCUGUGACUGCUGCAGCUUCAGAAGUGUGACCGUUUUGCCAUUACUUUACAUUCUGGAUGCCAUUGGAGGAUUUUUCAAGUUCAGAAUGGAAUCUUUCAUAAUGAAGGUGUUACAAAUUGUCUGAAUUUGCUCAUCUGCUAGAAUUUAAUGCUUAUUCAUUCUAUUCUGUCUAGAAGUUCAAGAUUCCAUGGAGUUUAUAUAUUGCCUAAAGUGCAAAGCUGAAAAUCAAAUGAAGAUGAUGCAGAUGAAAACCUUAAUUUUGAAAGACACCACAGACUGAAUCCAAUACUUGAAAUCCAGUGGUGCCUGUUUUCAUUUGGUUCCUGAAAUCAAGUAGCAGAUAUAUUACUACUGGCAGUCACAGGGCUAAUCAGCAUGCCAGUCCCUUCACUGUGUGUUGAGUGCCAGGGCUUAGCAGGGCCCCCUUGCCUCCCACACAGCCUGUCAGAGUCACCCCUCUGCCAUACAACCCUCUGUUUCCACACAGGGUGUUAGGGAAGCCUGAGGUCACUCAAGGUAUGUAGCUUUCUGCAGUGGUUUCAGUGAUGAUUCUUAAGAUAUAAAGUGUAUUUGUGUUCUUUGAAGGAUGUGUAGCUUAAAGGAACUGAGUGAGGACUACAGGCCUUGCUCUGUCUUAUAUAGCUAUUAUCUCGGCCACCUCCGCCACGGGGAUGCCAAAAUGGUGUAUUGUUAGGUAUGGUCUUAUGAAGACUUGAUGAUUGUCACUUAAAAGCAUCAAGGCAUUAUGUGCAUGUAUUUUUCUUUCACGUACGGCAGAGUGAGCCACUUGUUAAGGCAGCAUUAAGGUUUGUUUGUGUAUUGCCUUUUAUACCUUUUGUUUGCCAUUGGUAUGCGAGGCCACCACAGGGCAGGGACAGGAAGGAUGCAGUGACGAUCUGUUUGUUGUUUGGAAAUACAGCUUGGUAUUUCACUAUUUCGCUGUAGGAGAGAAUGUUGUUAGGCAUAUUGCACUGGACAGGAAGACUGUGUUUGCAGGCAUAAGACAAGCUUGUAGAUAAUACUUAUGUACCAAUGGUUAGUGUGUUUGCAGGCAUAAGACAAGCUUGUAGAUAAUACUUAUGUACCAAUGGUUAGGUUGCUGUGAAUCAACAUAGAUGCUCCAGUGAGUGCCUUGAUCCCUGUACAGCUUCACAAGUAGAGUGUGUAGCCAAGCAUUCAUCAGUGGUGCAGAUCGUCACUAGCUGGCAUUCAAAGGAAAGAGUUAAUUCCUUUACUCCUUUACUGUGAAUCAAUAUAGAUGCUCCAGUGAGUGCCUUGAUCCCGUACAGCUUCACAAGUAGAGUGUGUAGCCAAUCAUUCAUUAGUGAAGUGCAGACCGUCAUUCAAAGGAAAGAAUUACUUCCUUUACUCCUUUACUGUGAAUCAACAUAGAUGCUCCAGUGAAUGCCUUGAUCCCCAUACAGCUUCACAAGUAGUGUGUGUAGCCAAGCAUUCAUAAGUGUAGUCCGUCACUAGCUGGCAUUCAAAGGAAAAAGCUACUUCCUUUACUCCAGUGCUGUAGUGAGUGUGGCACCAACCCAGUGAUCUCAGUGGUUGAUACUGUGCUGUCGGAAAAUGAUUUGUUGUGGAAAGAUUAAAGCCCCUUUAAAAAGG